AUGUCUAGACUGGCCCCGCUGGUUCCACUGCUGUCGGUGGGAAAGGGAAGUGUCCCCCGGCUGUACUUUCCCCUGAGGAGCUACUCUUCGCAGGAGAAGACGGAUCCUUAUACCAAACUCAGGCCGCUCAUCUCGACGUUCAAGGCGCCCGUGGACUGGGCAGUGGCAUAUGGCUCUGGUGUACUACCCCAAGCGUCUUCUGCCCCAAAGAAUCAAGUGGAAGAGAAGAAGGAAGCGCCAUUGACAGACUUGCUUCUGUCCACCCCCAAUGCCGAGGAAUUUCACUCCAUCAACCUGCGUCAAAACCCCACCCAUUACCCAUUAUACGCGAGGCUGCUAGGGGCCAAAUCAGUGGCGAGGAUUCAAGAAAAGUGGGGGGCGGGGGUGUGGUACGUGACGAUGGUCGACAUUGGCGGGACGAAUGCCAAGUAUGGGAUCAUAACCAGCUCUACGUUGGAAGACGACUUGAAGGACUGGACAACUUUCUACCUUUCCGGCAGACUCCAAAAACCCACCUUGCUCCUCCAACCGCCCCCUCCCUCCCUCGAGGCUGCUCUUCAGACCAACCUUCAAUCUGCCCUCUCCCUAUCUCUCUUGCUUCUCCCAAGAGAAUUCACAGAGGACGAGUUAUGGAUGAAGAUUACCGGCCUGAGCUAUGAAGGUGAUCCGCGAAUGCGGGUGCCAGGGGGUGAGAAUCCGGGCAAGGUUGGGAAUAUCGUGAGAGGGCCGGGGGCGAGGGAAGGCUUUAGGGAGAUGUAUGGGCCUUUCCUUCAGAGAGGUGAUCUGGGAGUUGAAUGGGCCGAGGAAAAGAAGGGAAAAUGGACGUGGAAAGGGACAGGGGAGGGAAAGUUGGUGCAACAUAAAGAUCCCAAACACAUGGCCUAUCUGGCCUCAACCCUCCCCAGCAAUCUCGUAUUCCAUCUCCCAUCCUCCCCAUCUUCUCCAGAAACCUUCCUUCCCCUUGUGACAAAACCUUCUUUCCCCACAGAUCUCUCCAAGACGUUGAAUGAGAUCAUCCACACCCCUGCUCUUCGGCAGAGUGUCAAGGGGUUGUUCACGGCGGGAUUGACGAAGAGCGUAGUGUAUACUGGUAAGAAGGUUGGGAAGUGGUUCAAAGGGCGAAAGUGA